UUCCACUCUUUUGGGAAUCUCACGGGCUCGGGCUCUUUAAAUAUAACUUGGCUGCUUGAGCUCAUUGUCUGGCUCCUCGGUCACCUGAGCAACAACAGCAUCAGGCCUCACAGUGGUGAUCUAGAUAGCGCUGAGUAGUACCCGCGUUGCUCACCUUCUUUCGCUCUCCUCCCGGGACCAACACUUGGAGUUCCCAAAGAACCGUCCUGAGCCUGCGAACCUGGUGUCUAUAAUUCUCGGCUCAUUCCAUACACCAUGCCUUCUGCAGCUGCCAUCUCCCAACUUCUCAUACAUCCCACCGAGCUUCGAUCUGUCAUCAACUACAAGCUAUGGAGGGACAAGAGUCGAGAUAUCACCAACCCUGCAGAGUUUGAAACUUCCGGAUAUGACCGAGAGACCAUGAGGAAAUGUUGGGACUUGUUGGACUUCAGCAGUAGGAGUUUUUCUGUCGUCGUAAAGGAAUUGGAGGGGGAUCUGGCCAGGACGGUCUGCAUCUUCUACCUCGUACUACGGGCUUUGGAUACUUUUGAGGAUGAUAUGACUAUUCCCAACGACAUAAAGCUGCCUAACCUUCGGAACCUUCAUCGCAAACUUCACGAGCCUGGCUGGCACUACGUCGGAUCCAAGGACAAGGACGCCAUCGUGCUAGAGAGUUUCGCCUCGAUCCAAAAGGAAUUUUCACUUCUCGAUCCAAAGUACCAAGUUGUCAUCGAGGACAUUUGUCGUAAAAUGGGUGCUGGAAUGGCCGACUUUGCGGCUCUGGCGACUCCUGAACAGCCGGUAGCGGAGAUCAAGACGAUCGAAGAUUAUGAUCUCUACUGUCACUAUGUUGCUGGGUUGGUUGGUGAGGGGUUGUCUGGACUCUUCUCCAGUUCUGGCAAAGAAAGACCUUGGCUGUCAUCGCAAUUGACACUGUCCAAUUCGUGUGGACUACUCUUACAGAAGACCAAUAUCCUUCGAGACGUCAAGGAAGACGUGGAUGACGGACGAGGAUUCUGGCCCAGAGAGAUAUACGCUGCGCACGGAUUCGACUCGAUGAAGGGUCUCAUCGAUCCCGCUCGAGAAAAGGAGGCAUUGUUUGCCGCCAGUCAUAUGACCCUUGACGCCUUGCGCCAUUGCUGUGAUGCCUUGGAUUACAUGACAUUGCUCAAAUGUCAAAGUGUCUUCAACUUUGUGGCUAUUCCUGCCGUCAUGGCCAUCGCGACGCUCGAUCGAUGUUUCAUGAAUCCAAAACUCUUGAAGCAGAACGUCAAGAUUAGGCGAGGCGAGGCAGUCGGACUCAUCAUGAAAGCGGUUAACCCUCGUGAUGUUGCCUAUGUCUUCCAGCAAUAUGCUCGGUCCAUCCAUCAAAAGGUUAAGAGCGACGAUCCCAAUAUGCUGAGAUUGAGUAUUGCCUGUGCCAAGAUCGAUCAAUGGACAGAACACCACUACCCCACCUUCUUGACGAUCACUGGUUCCUCUGGUGCUGCUCAGACUGCCAUUGACCCUGCCAAUGGAGACGCUCGAGCUGUCCUCUUCACCAAGAUUAUAACCGAAGCCAAGGAGAAGAAGGAGAGAGAAAAGAGAGAGGCGCUCAUGGCCGACCUCCGUGCCCGGGGCAUCAUCAAAGACAGGACGCCUGAGCAGAUUGCGGCGGCUGAAAAGGCUCGUAUCGAGUCUAUGAACGAAAGUCCACCCUGGUUGAUGAUUGGAAGUAUCAUUGUUGGAAUCCUGGCUGUCAUGGGCGGAUUGGGAUACGGAAUCAUCUGGUUCGUCAUGAAUUACCUUGACGACUAGUUGAAUCGGCUGGAGCGUUGUUGGUAUGAUAUGAACUUAGACUGGGAUAUGCAUGUAAU